AUAUCAUCUAGCAUGAACGCUAGAUCGUCAUACACACCCAUCCUCCAAUAUGACCCUAGUAUCAAAUGAUCCCAGUUGGUGGCCGUUCAUCAAUUCAAAUAUUUUUAACAACUAUUGGAUUGUUGCCGCAGCCUUCGUGGUGGUAUACGAUUGGGUACUGACACUCGGAGAAGAGAUUGAACUGAUCUGGACCCAACGCUGGUCUCUCAUGACUGUGCUGUACCUAGUCAUACGCUAUGUCGGAAUAUCAUAUUCUGCUGCUAACAUUCUGGGAACCACUACGUUGGUCUCAUUGACAGAUGCAGUGAGCAAUAUCGUAAACUAUGCAGUAAAUGGGACAAAUGUGGUCGUAGCUGCCAUGUUGGGCGUCAUCAUGAUGGCUCGGUUGCAUGCCAUGUAUCAGAGAUCUAGGAGGAUGCUUAUCUUCCUCGUUAUCAUCUUCCUAGCUGCAAACAUCGCCUGCGGAGUAAUCACGAUCAUAGGACUCAAGUAUGAUUUUGUAUUGGAGGAAGUGAUACUCUAUGGUAUUCAUAUGUGCGCUGACGGAUCUGAGAGGGAUUCCCAGCUUCUGAUAUCAAUGGUCUGGAUGCUUAACACUGUUUGGGAGGUCCUCGCACUGUGUCUUUCAGUCUGGAUCGCUGCGAAGCACUUCCGUGACCUGCGACGACUCGGCCCAUGGACGGGAUCGACCAUCGGGGACUGUUUCAGAGUGCUUAUGGAAUCCCACGUGCUUUAUUUUGCAAGCUUUGCCGGUGUAUCUUGCCUCCAGCUUGUUACCCUCUCUCCAGAAGUCGAGAAUCAAUUCGAUUCUGUAGCAGUUGAGAUAUUCGAUGGAGUUUUUGAAAUUUUAUUCUCCGUGCAGAUGUUUGUGCUGGGACCACGCCUCAUCCUUAGCGUUCGACAAUAUCACGCUAAACUCGUGGCCGAAUCCGAUGCAGAAACUAGCAUGAAUUCGAUCUUCUUCCAGGAGCGUGUGCAUGUACCAACUAGUAGUACUGUGUAGGAAAUGGUUGCAGAGUAUUCCCCAUGGAGGAGAUAGAGGAUCCGUCAUAUUUAUUUUAGUU